AUGUGGUUCUCACCGUCACCAGUCUCGGCCGGAGCGUUGGCCUUCCUCCUGCUGUCUCAGGCAACGGCGUUACAAGUAAACGGCGGCUCUGACAGGUUGAACUCAUACCUGGCGGCACACCCAGUCGCAACAAAGCCUGCCGCCGCUGCCGCCCCGGCAUCCGCCAACCCCAACACACUUGCUCCAGAGCUGGUGAACUUGGCGCUCAGUCACUGCCCAGCAGGAUGCGAUGAGUCCGGCUUGCGUCCGGGAAACUGGACCCUGUACCCCCGACUGGGUCGGUUGUUGAUGUGCAACCAGACGAUGCUGCUCGACUUCUCCCUAUUCACGUCUCUGCGCAAGGAUGAGACUAUUCGAGCUUGCACUGCCAGUUCUGCAAUCACGUUGGGCGCAAGCAACAUCGGAAACACCACUCAUGAGGCAUCUUGCCUGCCCGGCGGCAGCUUGACCCAGGUCCAAGAGUCACUGCAAUUGGCUUUCAACGAGACCGACACCCCAGCCACGCUAGAGGACUUCGACGCCGCCGCACAACAACUCAUCGCCAUGCUGUCCCAACGAGAAGACUCGAACUGCAACGACACAACCUCCUUCGCCUAUUCCAACUCCGUGGCUGUCGGUCUUUUCGCCGGAUCAGGAGUCCGUGGCAUCCCUGCAACUGUGCUCCAGCAGCUCACCUCGAAGAUAAAGAGCACCGGUUUCUCGGGAAGCUUUGUUGUGCAGCUGUGUUCCAAGGGCGGCCGGAGCUCGAAAUACAGCUUCGGCAUUGUCGCGAGCGGAGAUCGCGAUGUAAGCCUUGUCCAAGAUGCUGUCGCCACAUGGGCGUCGGGCAAAUGCAUCACUUCCUUUGACGACGCAGAAGAUUGGCUUGACAUCACACUGUCCGUACCGAGUCUUGUCAGCAGCAGCACCGCUGGACUCGGAAACAGCACUGCCGGCUUCGGAAACAGCACUGCCCGUGCCACCCGGUCAAGAGAUGGCAGUUCGGCUAUGUUGAAUCGACGAGCUGAGUGUUCGACGAUCCAGGUUUCCUCUGGUGAUACUUUGAACGGGAAGAGACUCAACCUCCGUUUAGGCGAAUCUUUGGCAGCCGAGUGCGGCAUCUCCCCUUACGACUUCACCGUCUAUAACCCCAGUAGCACACUCUGCUCGACUCUGGUAGCAGGCCAGCACGUCUGCUGCUCCGCCGGCACGAUGCCCGAUUUCCGCCCGCAGCCGAACCCUGACGGAACCUGCGCCGCGCACUACGUCGUGCCAGGCGAGAGCUGCUCGGUUCUUGGCGCAGCGAACAGCCUCACGAAUGCUGAGAUCGAGAGCUUCAACACUAAUACUUGGGGUUGGCAGGGCUGCGGAAAUGUACAGGCGUACCAGUUCAUCUGCCUGAGCACGGGCGCGCCGCCCAUGCCCGCGCCGAUUGCGAAUGCUGUCUGCGGACCACAAAAGCCGGGAACGGUACAGCCAGGGCCGGGUACCAGUCUUGCGAGCUUGAAUCCUUGUCCGCUUAACGCGUGCUGUAACAAACACGGCCAAUGCGGCAUCAACAAUGACUUUUGCACCGAAUCCGAGUCGGAAACAGGCGCACCCGGAACUUCAGCUCCGGGCGAGAAUGGUUGCAUUUCGAACUGUGGAACUGACAUCGUCAUCGGUUCUGCCCCAGCCCAGUACAUGAACAUUGGCUACUUUGAAGGCUACAACCUAAACCGUCCCUGCCUAAACAUGAAGAUCACUGCCAUGGACUUGACGCCCUACACGCACAUCCAUCUAGCAUUUGGCCACGUCUCCUCGACCUACGCCGUCGAUGUUAGCCCAAUCCAAGAGCAGUGGGAGCUGUUCACGCAGUUGUCUGGCUUCAAAAAGAUCCUGUCUCUCGGCGGUUGGAGCUUCUCCGCCGAACCGCCCACGUAUCACAUUUUCCGCGACGCGGUCAAGCCGGCCAAUCAGGACACGUUUGUCGCAAACAUCGUCUCGUUUGUGACAGAGCAUGAGCUGGAUGGCAUUGAUAUUGACUGGGAAUACCCUGCUGCACCAGACAUACCUGGCAUUCCACCAGGAACCGCCGAGGAUGCGGACAAUUACCUCACUUUCUUUACAAAGCUGAGGGCAGCCAUGCCUUCUAGCAAGUCGGUCUCUUUCUGUGCGCCCGCUUCAUUCUGGUACCUGAAAGGGUACCACAUCGACGAGAUGGCAUCCCUGGCUGAUUACAUCGUCUACAUGACUUAUGAUCUCCAUGGCCAGUGGGACUACGCGAACCAGCACGCAAUCGACGGCUGCCCAGCCGGCAACUGUCUGCGUUCGCAGACCAACAUCACCGAGACCCUUCUCGCCCUGGCUAUGAUCACCAAAGCCGGCGUACCAUCAAGCAAGCUUGCUGUUGGUGUCACGAGCUACGGCCGCUCGUUCCAGAUGACAACCCCCGGGUGUACCGGGCCCAUGUGCACCUACACUGGCGGAGAGUCCGGAGCCUAUCCGGGGCCGUGCACAGGAACCGCAGGUUAUAUCGCGAAUGCAGAGAUCAACGCCAUCCUGGAUGGGACCGGAUUUUGGAAAACACCAUCCGGAGCAUUGCAGCCGAUUACAUCCUACUCGUCUUAUUUCGACACCGACAGCCACUCCAAUGUCGCCGUAUAUGAGUCGACACAGUGGGUCGGCUACAUGGACAACACUGUGAAGGCAGAUCGGACAGCCCUCUACAAACUCCUCAACAUGGGUGGAGUUGUUGACUGGGCGAUUGAUCUGGAUGGCUUCGGUGGCGAUUCCAUUGGUGACUCUGACCCCUCUGCCGAUAUCGUGUAUCCCCCCCCGAGCAUCUGGGACUCCAGCGAUCGGUGGACGGGCUGUAGUCCUCCCUGCGUAAUUGUCUUCCCGCCAUAUCCACUGAGUGCUCCUCACACUGUGACCAGCUGGCCGGCUUUGACAACAACGCUCCUGUCGUCGGCAGAAGGCGGCGGCGGCGUCUUCAUCAAGACGACGACAAUCCCCGUUCCGAGCUUUAUCAUCUCAGACGUCAGUCUUCACCCCGUGACACUGCAGUCUACCGACACGGCAACCUACAAAAUCAACCCUGUCCAAAGCAUCACCCCGACAUCUUUUGUAUGGACUCUUCCUCCGAACCACGCGACUUUCCCCGUAGCUUCUCCAACACCAACGACGUCCACAGACACCGAUAUACCACUAGUCAUCAUCCCCCCCGUCACCUUCCACCCGACUCCUGUCCCCGUCACCAUCCAACCCCAGCCAACAUAUUCGAUCGACUACCCUGAUCCCCCAAUCCCAGUGAGACCUGUCACGAUCAAGCCCAAUCCCACCCCUACUCCUCCCGGCUGCACUUCCGGCUGCGGAAAGCGAGACUGUGGCAUAUUUGGUUGCGGCAACGACGGUUGCGGCCUGUUCGGUUGCGGCGGUGGGUGCGGCAUCUUCGGCUGCGGUGGUGGUUGUGGCCCCUUCGGCUGCGGUGGCGGAUGUAGCCCCCUCGGAUGCACACCCAGCUGCCCCCUUGGACUAUGCGGUGGCCCUGGGUGCCUCAUUCCAGGUGGCUGCGGAAAUACACAAGGUACCAAUGGCGGCGACAGCAGCAAUGACUGUGAAGCCACCGUCACUGCUUCGGCGUGCACGCAUCUAGUGACGAGCUACAGCGCUUGGUACAUGGCUUCGUCCACGACGACGACCGAGGUAAGUCAAUGA